ACUGCCCGUCAUCUGAACGCUUUGGCCCGCACGGAGCACCACCGAAAGUAGAAAAAGAAAGCAUGAAGCUGCUCGCCGCCUCCCUUUUGUUGCUCGUGGCCAGCUGUGCCUGGGCGCAGGAUGAUCUUCAGGACGAAGAUGACAGCGUGAACAGCGACUUCAAUGGUGUGAGGGUUGCCCGGCAGUGGAAUAAUGGACGUGGCGGAGCCCGUCGUCAUGGUGCCCAUGGAAAUUUCGGAGGUGGCGGCGGCUACCCAGGAGUAUACCCAGGAAGCUAUCCAGGAGGCAACAGGUAUAAUGGAGGAGGUUUUGGAGGCCCCCAGAUUAGCUCAAGCUCGUCGAACGCCAACGCAGCCUCGCAAAACUUCAACUCCGGAUUUGGCGGAUUCGGAGGCUCGGCUUCCAACGCAAACGCGGCCUCUUCCAACUUCAACUCUGGCUUUGGCGGACGUGGUGGUGCGUCAGGCUCUGCAGCCAACGCUGCAGCCUCCAGCCAAAACUUCAACGCUGGAGGCUUUGGAGGUCUGGGCGCCAGCGGCUCUGCUGCCAACGCCGCUGCCAACACGCAGAAUUUCAACUCUGGAUUUGGACGCUGAAGACAAUUUUCAUGAUGACCACAGGCGCUGUUUUGGAUUUCGCACUCUACGAAUAUGUCAAAUUUUAAAAUAAAUUUUAUAAUAAUCUUAAUGAGAAUGAAUUAAAAAGCAUAACAUUUCAAUAUGUAUAUUUAAUGUGUGUACCAUCAAGUGAUAUUCCAAUAAACCAUGAAUUUAUAACCAGAAACUACAAUAA